UCUCUACAUACUGAUGCCGUUUUAGAGUGUUUUAGAGUGCAAGUAAAGCUAGAAUCUCAUGUUAGCUUGUUGUGUCUGGGGGAAUUGUGGAUUUGCGUUCAAUAGCAAGGGCCUAUCACUGAUGUUUGAGACUACCAGGACAGAAAAUAUAGUGUGAAGGAAACAGGGAACUGACAACUUCUGAAAUCACUCCAUUACAAUCUAAAUCCAUCUACACCUUUCUUUUUUAUUGUUCGAAUUUGCUGAGGGGACACUAUAAAGUACAAAUGCGUUUAAUUCUGACACACAGGAGACUAAACUGCCGAACUUCCAAUGAAAGCAUGAAUGCAUCUCCAAAGGAAUGCGACGGAAGCGGAAAAAUGCGCGGUGACGUAUUGUAAAAGCUCCUGACAGUCCAGUCGGUUGGUCAACAACAGUUGAAGAGUGAAAACUUUAGUAAACUUUAAUAGUAAGACGGAAGAAACAUAUUUCAACUAUUCUCCCCCAUACGUGUCUUUAUCAACGUGUGUUUAGGUGUACAAAUGUGGUAUUAUUGAUGGAUUCGAGGUAUGAAAUCCAGCGGAGGGUCGGUGGCGGGGGCUCUGCUAAUGCGUCCCCCGCUAUGGGGGCUCAGUCUCGCCGUAGAAAAAUGCCACCCAGACCCGCUGAUUAUAAACUUCAAAUCAUCAUUAUCGGCAGCCGUGGUGUUGGCAAAACCAGCCUCAUGGAAAGAUUUACCGACGAUACCUUUUGCGAAGCAUGCAAGUCAACCGUUGGAGUAGAUUUUAAAAUCAAAACUGUUGAGCUGAGAGGGAAGAAGAUCCGUCUGCAGAUAUGGGAUACUGCUGGUCAGGAGAGGUUCAACAGCAUCACCUCAGCCUACUACAGAGGGGCCAAAGGGAUCGUGCUCGUCUACGACAUCACCAAGCAGGAAACCUUUGAUGACUUGCCCAAGUGGAUGAAGAUGAUAGACAAGUAUGCAUCAGAGGAGGCUGAGCUCCUGCUGGUGGGGAACAAGCUGGACUGUGAGACUGACCGCAUCAUCACUCGACAGCAGGCUGAGAGGUUUGCCUCGCGAAUUUCCGGGAUGCGCUUUUGUGAGUCUAGCGCCAAGGAUAACUUUAACGUGGAUGAGAUCUUUCUAAAACUGGUGGAUGACAUUCUUAGCAAGAUGCCGCUGGAAAUGACCAACAAUGAGCUUUCCAACAGCAUCCUGUCUCUGCAGCCUGAACCGGAAGUGCCUCCAGAGCUCACCCCUCCCCGCAUGCGCUGCUGUUGAGUGGACCCCCCCCCCCAUUGACCCCCCCCUCCAUUCUACCUGCACAUGCAGUGAACCAUUCUGGCCACCAGAGAGUAGCAUCGAGCAGCUGUCUGGAAUUGUGAGAGUCAGUGGCUGCUGCAAGAGGCUCAGUGUCUUCACUUGAUUUGCCCUCCUAAUUCACCUGUUUUCUGUAGCUGAACUCUAUAGCAUGUACGACAGACAACACACACUAACACCCACCACCCCUACUGUCCAUCCUUGCUCCUGACUACCUCAAGCCCAGGACUGUUCAGUUAGCUGGGCCUCCCCGGUGCCUUCCAGGUAGAGAGCCCUUGGUACCCACUGCACAUCCACACUCAUGGGGGGCCAUAGAGACAGGAAACAUGGACUCCUUAUAGAGGGACUA